CACGGCGGCCGCAGGGGCUGCAGUCUGCCCACCCCUCUCCUGUUGGACCCCAGAUAAUCAGCGCCAUGACCCUCCCGCUUCUGCCAGGGAACAGCUUUAAUCGCAAAAUUGGAAAGGAGAAGUUUCAUAAAUCCCAACAUUGGGGCUUUUGCAACAAUGUUAUGAUGCUGACGAGUGAGGAGAAACCUGGAAUAGGUGGACAACCACUGUAUGGGCAAAAGAUAAAGCCUCAAACCAGCCCAUUUCCUCAAGGAGAUGGAUGUAAUGCUCCCUCCUGGGCUGCAUUUGAUAAACAGGUAUUAUGUUUUGAUGCCUAUUUGGAAGAUGAACUACCUGAUAAAAGGGAAGAAGACUAUAGAAUAAGAUAUUAUAAAAUCUAUUUCUACAUUGAAGAUGGCACCAUUCAAGUAGAUGAACCAGAAGUGUACAAUAGCGGACUGCUUCCCGGGACUACUAUCCGUCGUCAUCGAAUUCCUCUCCCUCCUCCUGAUGAUGAUCUGUUUUAUAAUGUAUAUCAUUUCAAUAUCAACAUUGACGUUGUAUUCUAUGGCCGGAAAUUCAAGAUUUAUGACUGUGAUGCAUUCACAAAGAACUUUCUGAAGAAAAUAGGAACAAAAUUGAAUCCCCCUGGAGUGUGUCCAAUAGAUCCUUACACAAAGAUGCGAAGAGAGACACUAGAAUUUGUGAAUCCCUUUCGUCCUUAUCAGUCUCUUGAUACCUUCAAACAGUUCCUCCAGUAUGAUGGGAAGGUUUUGCGUUUCUACUGCCUAUGGGAUGACACAAACUCACUUUUUGGGGACCGCAGGGAAUUUAUCCUGCAUUACUUCUUGUGUGAUGAUACUAUUGAAAUUAGAGAAGUAUUGCCAGACAACUCAGGCCGUGAUGCUUUGACAUCAUUCCUUCGGAGGGGUAAGGUACCUAAGUAUGGCGCUCCAGGAAUCUAUCAGCCAGGCCAGAUAACAGAUCGAGCAGUUCUCAAUGUGUACUGUGGCCUGUCACAGUGGCGAUCAGAUGGUUACAUGUUGGAUAAAUAUGAGCUAGGAAAAAUAAAUCAAGAGUUUUACACGGACAAGGACCUGUCCAUAGGAGCUACCAUCAAUGUGUGGGGAAGAAAAGUCCUCCUCUGUGACUGUGAUGAAUAUACUAAAACUUAUUACAAAACAAAAUAUGGAAUUGAGAACUUCACUGCCAUUUCAUGCAAGCCUCCUCCUCUUCCAAAAAUAGAAAGGAAAUAUCCACCUUACAAUGGCUUUGGCUCUGAAGAGGAUUCUCUUCGUUCCUGCAUAGGCCUUAAGCCUACACCUCACCGGAAGAACUUCAAGAAAUUCUUGGAACUAGACAGCUAUGGCUAUAAAAGCAAUAUACUUCGAUAUUUUGCAAAACUAGUCACAGACAAAUGUGCUGAUGAGGACAGGUUGUUUGUUAUUGCAUAUUAUCUCAGUGAUGACACAAUUUCAGUGUUUGAACCUAUUGAGAUUAAUUCAGGGAAUACCGGUGGAAUGUUCUUAAAAAGAUCUCGUGUUAAGAGGCCUGGACAAGAAGUCUUUAAAAGUGAACUAUCAGAAUAUAUCCAGUCUGAAGAGCUAUAUGUUGGAACCACACUGAAUGUGAAUGGCUACUUAUUUCGUUUGCUUAAUGCAGAUGAGUACACCUUAAAGUACAUGGAGAACAAUACUGAUAGGUUUCCAUUUAGCAACUUUGAACUUGCCAUAAAAAAGCUGGAAAAAGAAAAAUAUAAAUCAAGAGAAAUCAAACAGGUAUUUGCAGCUGCUGAUAGUGAGCACACGGAGGUGGUACCUUAUAGCACAUACAGAGACAUAUUGCUUGACAUAACUGCUGGGAAGCUCAUAGAGCAGGAGCUCAUAACCAUUGCACGUCACUACCGUGCACCUGAGAACACUGAAUCAGAUGUGAAUUUCUUAAUUGCACAGGCCCAUGAAAAGUUCAAGAAAAAUAUGUAUGAAAAUUUUGAUGUCUUCAUUUUUAACUGUAUGUAUGAAGAUCGAGCAAAAAAAGGUGUAUUGCCCACCAAAGACAUCAGAAGGAUGUGCAAGUCCUCCAGGUUACCUUUGAGUGAUGACUUGCUAGAUGAAUUAUUGACCAAGUUUGAAGACAAUGAACACCAAAUAGAUUAUGUGACAUUUUUCUCUAUCCUGAACUGGAGAAUGAAUCCGACACCUGAAAUUCAAUCCCCACCAUACCUUAAGGAGAGAUGUGAAGACAUUUGGGUCGGAAUGCCAUCGCCUAUUCCUGUGAAAUAUGUUAGGUACAUGGACUUGGUGAAGGAUGUGUAUGGCUUAGAGGAAGAAUGACCAUGGGAGUUUUGAUCAACUCUAUUUGAUUUACUGCUCUCAUUUUGCCAUGUUGACUUUAGUAGAUAUAAUUUCAUUUAAAAAGUAAACAAAGUUC